AUGGGAAGGACUCGUGUCCGCGAUUGCACCUUGGAGCUUCCUUCUCUGUGGCGCCUACAUAGUUUUUGUGCUACGUGUGAAGCCGUUCCACGUCCUCAGCCCAGAAGUGAUUCCUAAUUGGUAGGCAUUCGGAAAUGUCAAUUAGGCUUAAAUUUGACCCAUUUUUUCGAUUCGGUUAUGAUGAUUAGAGACAUUUCUGACAAGUAACAACACUAGUCCGAUAAGAAUUCUUGGCCCAGGUACUACUUCAACGGAAUCGUCCAAUUGACAAUGGCAUUUCUUUUCCUGCCGGAGAUGUUUUUGGCGAUGAGCAAAGGCUGGACGAGCUCCGUGUGCUCAACAGGAAGCCUCUAUGCCGGUAAGUAAAAACGCGAUGAACGCUUGAGUUUCCGAAUAAAGGAAGGAUAUCCGGAACUGUCGCUGCCCUCUGGGUUGUGUCGAAAGCAACAGACCUCCUGGAGACGCUGCUGUUAGUGAUGGAUGGACGACGGCCUCUGAUGAUCCACGUCGUUCACCACGCUUUCUCAUUGCUCUUCGCUUUUACUUAUCACAACUACCACUUUGCCUUCUUGAGGUCUUCCUUUUAGCCUUACUUCUUUAGAGUAACCUUUUUGAGAUGGAUCAUCUUCCUAAACUUGUGCGCACACGUCAUACUUUACGCCUACCUUUCCCCCCGUCCUUUCUGCUUUCUUAGGCCUUGCUGGCUUACCGUCUGCGCCGGUAGAUCACCAAAAGUCCCAUGAAACGGUAUUUUUUCAGCACAAAUGAUCCAAUUGAUCAUUCCGUUUGUUGCUGUUGUCACCGCUACCAAGGUGGAGUCUAUAUAUUUUCUUCUGGUUUACACAAAAACCGUAUAGACUUUGGCUCAAGGGGAACCGUGUCACGCGUCGGUUUUCCAUCUGGCCGUUGCACAGCUUGGACUUGCGUUCUUCCUUGUCUUAUUUGCUGAUUUCUACUACGAAAGGAUCGUCAAGUAUGGUCGUCAGCGCAAGCGUCUGUUACGAGAAGGUUCGUACAUUUUCUAAGGAAAGAGUCACUAGAACAGCGCAAAACAAUAACCAGGCGUCAAUCAGAAAAAAAAAAUUAUUUUUUGAAUACGUUUUUAUAUAGUCUGUUCAGAUUUUGAAUGUCAACCAGCUAACUCCGCCCCUGCUGAGACGGUACCUUUCCGCGUCAAUAUUUUAUUGCGCGGCACAAUUUUUUGAUCUUUUUUUUUGAUCUAAAACAUAGAAAAGAAGUCAAAAAAAAGCAGCCUUAUUAAAGGACCAUCGUUAUCUGCGAUAAAAAAUUGACGCGAAGAAUGUUGUAGCCUUGGGGGUGGAGCUAGCUGUUUGACAUUCAAAAUCUGUACAGACUAUAGCGCUCGGCGUGAAACUAAACGUUUCAUCUACUGCAGUGAAAAAAAGAACCCUAUUUUUUUUUCAGAUAGGCGCAAGAAAGAAAUAGUCGGCAUGAAUAUUCGGUCGUCUCAGACGCAGUCUUGUUCUGCAAGAAGCAGCUCCGAAAACUCCGACGAACAGUGA